AUGGCCUGUAGACAGCUGCUCCUCAUCUCCUGUCUCUUAGCUGUUGUGCUCCUGUCCAUGCUGCAGCAGGGGACUGGUGUGUCAGUGGGCACCAGGCAGGUGGAAGGACAAGAGGCCCAGGAAGGUGUGGAACAGAGAAUUUUCAUGCAGGAAUCAGAUGCCUCAAAUUUCCUCAAGAGGCGCAGCCAGCGGUCCCCCAAAUCCCGAGAUGAGGUCAAUGCGGAGAAGAGGCAGAAGCUGCGGGCUGACGAGCUGCGGAGAGAGUAUCACGAGGAACAAAGGAACGAGUUUGAGAACUUCGUGGAGGAGCAAAAUGAUGAACAGGAAGAGCGAAGGAGGGAGGCUAUUGAGCAGUGGCGCCAGUGGCAUUAUGACGGCCUUUACCCGUCAUAUCUCUAUAACCGCCACCACAUCUGACCUCGGCUUGACAGACCCGGAAGAUGGAGCUUGAAACACACAUACCCAGCCCAGGUGUUCGAGCAACUCUCUCCCCAUAGCAGACACCCUCACAGGGUCUCAACUUGGGGCCUGCUCUGUACACACACAUGCCUCUCAUUCUGAUGGAUGCAAAUGCCCUGGCUUUCGCUUCUUUGCAGAUGAUUUUCUGACAUGAACAAAUAC